UUUAAUCCCACAAUCAAAUUUGGACAUCCCAAAUUUUGUCUUUUUGUUUUCAAUUUUCCAUGUCUUUCUUCUCUGUUAAACAACCUUAGAAACUCAUUUCCUUAAUUACCAAACAUUAAAAAAAAAAAAAACCUUAUUUUUAAACAACAAAAGAAAAUGGUGUCUCCUGAGUUUUCUCUUUCGCAGUUUUCUCCAAUGGCGAAACCUCGAAACCGGUCGUUUUGGUGUCUGUCCGAUAGUUUCCUUUACUGCGGCGGUGUCUUUUUAGCUAUCUUAUUAGUAUGUUCAUUUUGGUCGUUUUUCACACCGACCCUCAACUUCAGCUCCGCCAUUACCGACCCGUCGUCUGCGGUCAGCUGUAAGGAAAGUGGGUUCGGAGUUAACUUAAAAUCCGACCCGAAAGAUCUGACCUUUUACGACGACCCAGAGCUGAGUUACUCCAUUGAAAAGCCGGUGAAAAACUGGGACGAAAAACGGAAACAAUGGCUAAACCAUCACCCAUCGUUCGCCGCCGGCGCAAGUGAAAGAAUCGUCGUCGUAACUGGGUCACAACCGAAACCAUGUAAGAACCCCAUCGGCGACCAUUUACUAUUACGUUCCUUUAAAAACAAAGUAGAUUACUGUAGAAUCCAUGGAUACGAUAUUUUUUACAACAACUUGUUAUUACACCCGAAAAUGGGGUCUUAUUGGGCGAAAUUACCAGUCGUUAAAGCAGCCAUGUUGACUCACCCUGAAGCUGAGUGGAUCUGGUGGGUUGACUCGGACGCGUUGUUUACAGACAUGGAGUUUAAGUUACCUUUACAAAGGUAUAAAAACCAUAACUUAGUCGUCCAUGGUUGGCCUGAGUUGAUUUACGAUAAAAAGAGUUGGACCAGUUUGAAUGCUGGGGUUUUUUUGAUAAGAAAUUGUCAAUGGUCAAUGGAUUUGAUUGAAACAUGGUCUAAUAUGGGACCAAUUAGCAAAGAUUACAAAAAAUGGGGUGAAAUUCAGCGAUCAACGUUCAAAGACAAGCUUUUCCCUGAGUCAGAUGAUCAAACGGCUUUGAUUUACUUGUUAUAUAAACACAAAGAGAAAUAUUAUGAUCAUAUAUAUCUAGAAGGUGAGUUUUAUUUUGAAGGGUAUUGGGUUGAGAUCUUUGGAAGGUACGAAAACACGACGGAGAUGUACUUAGCGAUAGAGAGAGGGGCGGCGGAGUUAAGAAGGCGACAUGCAGAGAAAGUUAGUGAACAAUACGGCGCUUUUAGAGAAGAGUACUUGAAAAGUGCUGGAAAUGGUAAAGGGAGUUGGAGGAGACCAUUGAUCACACAUUUUACAGGGUGUCAACCUUGUAAUGGUGAUCAUAAUAAGAUGUAUGAUGGUGAAUCAUGUUGGAAUGGGAUGGUUAAAGCUUUGAACUUUGCUGAUAAUCAGGUUUUGAGGAAGUAUGGGUUCAUACACCCUGAUUUACUAGAUUCCUCCAUUGUUAGUGAAGUUCCUUUUGAUUACCCUGCUGAUGAAGGACCAUGGUGAAAAAAAGCAUAAAAGUGAAUCAUAGCCAUGUCUCUGCUUAUCUUUUCGAGUUUCUCUUACGAACAACAGCAAUUGAUUCGGGCUCUGAUACUUCACGAACUAGUGUUGCAACAGUUAUAGUUGAAUUUGAGACACAACAUCCGACAUAAGUUAGUCCAUUUGGCACCAUAACUUUACGACUUUGUUUCAUAAUUUUGGAUUUUGGGUGAUGGGAUUUAUAGAAAAGUUUUAGGAAUAAUAUCAUAUUUGGUAUCUGUACUUUCAUAAAAUGUUUAAUGUGAUACAUGUACUUUAGAAAUGUCUAAUGUGGUACAUGAACCAUCAAUGUGUUUUAUUAUGGCACUUGUAUUUUCAUAAAACGUCCAAUAGAUAUGUAUUUUAUUAUGGUA